UAAGUAUCUACAUAUAUGUACACAUAUAUUUAGGAACUAAGGAAUUAAGGAACCGUGGUUUAAAAAAAUAGGGGUUACCAAUUACGAAAUAUCAAUUCAAGAGAAACAUCAACACGGAUUAUUUUAUGAAUAAUUCGUGAUUCGUGUCUUCAAUUUAUCCAACGAUAUAUGUUAACAUUUGUUUUUACAUGCCAAGAUAGCUAGAGCUUCCUGUCUUCUGCUACCAGUGUCCCAUUGGUUGAUUAUUUUACCGCGCAUCUAUCAGGAAAUGGUGAACGUCUUGUUAUUUGAAGUUGCUUGCAUUAUAAUGUAGCCUAUCUCACUUGCUUGUUGCUAGCCUGACUAACUUACUUAAUUAAGUUACUUGAGCAAUGGAUGCUUGUCACUCAGCAAGGCCAUUGGCGGUUAUGGAGGAGGUAGCAAGUCCCACGUUCCCCUUCCCUUACCAGCCCUACCACAUACAAGAUCAGUUUAUGCAAGCUCUAUAUCGAGCACUAGAGCAUGGCAAAGUUGGCAUCUUUGAGAGCCCCACCGGAACAGGCAAGUCUCUGAGUCUGAUCUGUGGAGCACUAAGCUGGCUGAGGGACCAUGAGGAGAGGAGGAGGGAAGAGACAGCGAGCCUGCUGCAGGGGGAGGGAGAGGCCACUCUCCCCUCCCCGAGCUCCACCUCUCCUCUCCAGAGCCCUCCAGCUCCCUCCUCAGCAGAGCCCGACUGGAUCACUGACUUUGUGCAGAAGAAGGCAGAGCGAGACCUCGUGUGCAAAUUAAAGGAGGACGAGCUGAGGAGGAAACGAAGGGAGGAGCGCUUGGAGAUGAUCCGACACAACGCCCAGCUGAAAUACACCAUGAAAAGAAAAAGCUGUGAGGACGAUGAAGCGGUGAAGCUGUUAGAGCUCAGUAAGGAGGAUCAGGGGGAGGAGUCAGGAGACCCCGAGGAGGAGGAGCUUAUUGUAGCCGAAUACGAGAGUGAUGAUGAGUCCAAGAACACCAAGAACAAGUUCUGUGCUGGCGAUGAUGAGGAUGAUGAUGACUUGGUGGAGGAGCAUGUCACCAAGAUUUACUACUGCAGUCGCACCCAUUCCCAGCUGGCCCAGUUUGUCCAUGAAGUUCAGAAGAGCCCCUUCAGUCAGGACAUCAGUCUGGUCACGUUGGGCUCACGACAGAACAUGUGCAUUAACGAGGAAGUGCGUCGUCUGGGCAGCGUCCAGCGCAUCAAUGACCGCUGCAUGGAGAUGCAGAAGAACAAACACGAUAAGCGGCCCCAGGAUGAGGGUGCGAAGCGUAGACGGGGGGCAGCAAAGAGUGUGUGUCCCUACGUCGGUGCCACGGGCCUGCAGCAUCUCCGAGAUGAAGUCUUGGGGGCGGUGAGCGAUAUCGAGGGACUCCUCGGUCUGGGCAGAAAAGCGAAGGCCUGUCCCUACUACGCCACCCGCCUCGCAAUUCCCCCGGCGCAGCUGGUGGUGUUGCCCUAUCAGAUGGUGCUCCACGAAGGAACGAGGCGUGCCUCAGGUGUCCAGCUCAAGGGGCAGGUGCUGAUUAUAGAUGAAGCCCACAACCUCAGCGAUACUCUCUCCUGUAUACACAGCUCAGAGCUCACUGGAGCACAGCUCUGCCGUGCACAUUCUCAGCUCACACAGUAUUCUGACCGCUACAAGAGUCGAUUAAAAGCCAAGAACCUGAUGUAUAUCAGGCAGAUCCUGUUUGUGCUGGAGGGGCUGGUGCGAGUGCUGGGAGGGAAGGUGGGUCAGAAUCCACAGAGCCAGACUACUCUGCCAGGGACAGAGAUGUUCACCAUCAACAACUUCCUGUUCAAGGCUCAGAUAGACAACAUCAACCUGUUCAAGGUGCAGAGAUACUUUGAGAAGAGCAUGAUCAGCAGGAAGCUGAGUGGCUUCGUUGAGAAGUACGCAGGCAGCGGUGUGACGGCGCACGCGCCGGCUGGCCCCCUCACUCACACGCCGGCCGGCCCCCUCGCGCACGCCGCCGACAAAGAGAACCGUCGCACCGGGGGGCUGAACCGCUACCUCCAGACGCUGUCCAAUCCAAACACGGUAGCUCCUCCAAACCAGCAGGGGCCGCCAGAGGGGGAAAGGGUGCUGUCCGCCUCACCUAUGAUGCAGGUGGAAGGCUUCCUCAUGGCUCUCACCAACAGCAAUGCUGACGGCCGGGUUGUGGUGCAGACACAAGGUUGCGUGUCGUCGAGCAGCGUGAAGUUCCUGUUGCUGAACCCAGCCGUGCACUUCGCUCAGGUGCUCAAGGACUGCAGGGCGGUGAUCAUCGCGGGAGGAACCAUGCAGCCUGUGUCCGACUUCAAGCAGGAGCUGCUGUUCUCCGCCGGGGUGGGCGAGGAGCGCAUCACCGAGUUCUCCUGCGGCCACGUCAUCCCCCCUGACAACAUCCUCCCUGUGGUCCUGUCCAGCGGACCCUCUGGCCAGCCGCUGGAGUUCACCUUCCAGAACAGAGACAUGCCGUGCACGAUGGAUGAGACGGGGCGUGUUCUCUCCAACCUGUGCAACGUGGUUCCCGGGGGCGUUGUGUGCUUCUUCCCCUCCUACGAAUACUCCAGGAGGAUUGUGGGACAUUGGGAGAGCAGCGGAGUCCUUGCUCGCCUCGCUAGCAAGAAGAAGAUCUUCCAGGAGCCCAAGAAGGCCAAUCAGGUGGAGCAGGUGCUCAGUGAGUUCUCCAGGUGCAUCCAGAGGUGUGCUGUGGAUGGGAGUGAUCUCACAGGAGCAUUGCUUUUCUCGGUGGUGGGAGGGAAGAUGAGCGAAGGCAUCAACUUCUCGGACGACCUGGGCAGGUGCAUCGUGAUGGUGGGCAUGCCUUAUCCAAACAUCAAGUCUCCAGAGUUGCAGGAGAAGAUGGCUUAUCUGGACAAAAACCUGUCUCACGCGGGAGGGCGGAGUCCUGGCCAGGCCCUGAUUGAAAACCUGUGCAUGAAGGCCGUCAAUCAGUCUAUAGGAAGGGCUAUACGUCACCGUGACGACUACGCGUGCAUAGUGCUGUGUGACCGGCGCUACUCUCGACCGGCCACACUCGCCAAACUUCCCAGCUGGAUCCGAGCUCAGACGCACACACACGCCAGCUUCGGACCAGCUUUCGCUUCCCUGAGACGGUUCUUCAUAGAGAAGAAGCAGAAACAGUCUUGAGGAGGAUGCUAAUGAUGACGAUGAUGGCGUGUGAAGGUGAAGCACUGGCGAGAUCAAAG